GUCGGAUAAGCCGCGCGCCGUCGCCGUGGCCAUGGCGUCCCUCUCCCCCGCGCUCCUCCCCGGCGCCGGCGUGACCCUCCUCCGAGCGCCGCCCGUGUUCCGCGUCACCGCCUCUUCCUCGAGCUCGGGGAGCAAGAAGGGCAAGAAGCCCAAGAGCGGCAGCAAGGGCAAGGACACCAAGGCGCUGGAGCCUCCAGCGCCCGUGGUCCGCCGCGCGCCGCCGGGAAGCGCCUCCAUAUUCCAGCAGCAGAAGAAUGAGGCGGCGUCCAGGGCCGGGGGCGCCGGUGGGAAGGGGCCCACGGAGGAGGAGCUACGGCAGCGGCAGGCCAACGAGAACGCCUUCCUCCUCGCCUGGCUUGGGCUAGGCAUCAUCAUCCUUGUCGAGGGCAUCGCACUCGCCGCCUCCGGUUUUCUGCCAGAGGAAUAUGACAGCUUCUUUGUUAAGUACCUUUAUCCAUCGUUCACUCCAACAGUUGUUCUGUUUUUGGCUGGUACGGUUGGGUAUGGUGUCCUCAAAUACUUUGAAAGCGAGAAAAGCAAAAGCUAGAUGACAGCACGAAGCAUGUUUGGAGCAAUGAUGAGGGUAGAGUUAGCAAAUGUGCUUGUUAUGUAUGAAGUAGCUUAAAGCAGCAGAUAUGUGCCAGAGAAUAGGCUGGUGUUUUUAUUUAUUUUUCCUUAUAUCCUGCAUCCCAAAUUCCUAAUUAUUCUUUUUUGUUUGUUUGUAAAUUAACGAUCAAUGGAUACUUUCCUGAAUAUGUAUUAAGUUGAGUUGUAUAUUGGUUUUUGGCGA